CCUAGUGGGUGCAGACCGAAGACGGCACACUAAAACCUUUGACUGACAGAAUCAAUAAUGAUUUCUCUUCCAAGACAGGUUAGGUGCAGAAACCCAGAAACAUAAGUACCCUUUUUCUUUCUGCCUUCUGGCUUUAAGCACAAAAUUAUAAACAAAUAAUAAUAAUAAUAAUGGAUCUCCUCGCCGCUGUUUCAAACCAACAAAAUUCUCAACCCCAAAGUCAAAUAUCUCAUUUGGCUCUCGAUAUUGGAGGUUCUUUGAUCAAAUUGGUAUAUUUCUCUAGAAUUAAUGACAGUUGUAGAGACAAUGAUGAGCUAAGGUCCCACAAUGAGAGUCUUGGUGUUUCCAAUAGUGAUACCAGUCAACCUAUUCUCGAAGGAAGGCUUCAUUUUGCAAAGUUUGAAACUAGCAAGAUAAAUGAUUGCUUGGAGUUCAUUCGGUCCAAGAAACUUCGCCUUGGUGGUUUCCAUGAUUGCACUUCUCCUUCCAGUGACAAGAUCUUUAUUAAGGCGACAGGUGGCGGUGCUUACAAAUUUGCUGACCUUUUCAAAGAAAAGCUCGGAAUUAGUCUUGACAAGGAAGAUGAAAUGGACUGCCUAGUGACUGGUGCAAAUUUUUUGCUUAAGGCAGUCCCCCAAGAAGCCUUUACAUACUUGGAUGGUCAGAAGGAAUUUGUUCAGAUUGAUCAUAAUGAUUUAUAUCCUUAUCUUCUUGUUAACAUCGGGUCUGGUGUUAGCAUGAUAAAGGUGGAUGGAGAUGGCAAGUUUGAGCGAGUUAGUGGAACUAACGUUGGAGGUGGCACCUUCUGGGGUUUGGGAAGACUUUUGACAAAGUGCAAGAAUUUUGAUGAGUUGCUGGAGCUAAGUCAGCUGGGAAAUAAUAGAGUUGUAGAUAUGCUUGUUGGUGAUAUCUAUGGUGGAACGGACUAUGCGAAGAUUGGUCUCUCUGCAACAACUAUUGCUUCCAGCUUUGGCAAGGCCAUUUCUGAUAAUAAAGAGCUGGAAGAUUACAAACCUGAAGACAUCUCCCGCUCCCUUUUACGAAUGAUUUCAAAUAAUAUUGGUCAGAUCUCUUACUUGAAUGCACUUAGAUUUGGGCUUAAGCGGAUAUUUUUUGCCGGCUUUUUUAUUCGGGGUCAUGCCUAUACUUUGGACACUAUUUCUGUUGCUGUUCAUUUCUGGUCCAAAGGUGAGGCUAAAGCAAUGUUUUUGCGGCAUGAAGGUUUUCUUGGGGCAUUGGGUGCAUUCAUGAGCUAUGAGAAGCAGAGUCUACAUGGAUUGAUGGUCCAUAAAAUACUGCCAAGGUUCCCCAUCAGCGUAUCCUCUGCCGGAGAUAAGAUUUAUUGCUCGCUAAACAGUGAUUCAAAUGAGAAUGAAGGUAUUGAGUGUACCGUAUACGGAAUGUAGCACUUACAGCCACCUCAAACUUAGAUGCAGCAUACAAGAUGAAGUGAUUCUUAUGUAAGUCUCUAGGCAAAUAUGCAAGUUACAAAAUUUAAUCUUGAAGAACGUGUGUAGCAUAGUAGAUACAUUGCAGGACUAAUAAUUUGGAAAGCUAUAUGGAGAGCAAUAAAGGGGGUUACAACUCACAAUUAGACAAGAUUGUGUUGCAUCUCCCGUAGAUUACAUAUACCAUAUACCUAGUGCUUUUUUUUUUUUUUUUCCUAAUGAAAUCAUUUACUUCCAACUGUUUUUCUUCUGAAUAUCUGAUGUACUUCGGAUGCAAACUUUCCAUUUCGAUUCUGGUGAGACUUACAUUUGGCUAUAUGAUCUUCUGGGGGUUUGUUUUGCUCAACAAGAUUUAUUGCUUGUGCUGCGAGUACAAAUGACUUAAUAAUAUAGAAAAUAGUUCAAUUACUUUAUCAGGAAUGUCUGACUUAAAUUUAUUGCUCUUAUAU